AUGUCGGGGGGUCCCCGGAUUCUGGGGGAGGGCAAUGCCGGGCUCAUGGGUUUGGCAACGGAAUCCACCCCCGGCAAACGGAUCCGCAAACCCUCGUUGCUCUACGAGGGCUUCGAGAGCCCCACCAUGGCCUCGGUGCCGGCCCUGCAGUCCCCCCAGGUGAACCCACCUCCCCCAGAGGUUUCCAACCCUAAGAAACCAGGUCGGGUCACCAACCAGCUCCAGUACCUGCACAAGGUGGUGAUGAAGGCCCUGUGGAAGCACCAGUUUGCUUGGCCCUUCCGUCAGCCCGUGGACGCCGUCAAACUGGGGCUGCCGAUUCCCAUCCAUCCAUCAGUUUGUAGAAGACAUCCUGUGACCCCCAUUUUACAGGCCACCCCCCCGUGCACCUGUGGCGCCCAAGGAGUUAAAGCCCGGAGGACUACCACAAGAUCAUCAAGCAGCCCAUGGACAUGGGGACGAUCAAGAGGCGUUUGGAGAACAACUAUUACUGGGGGGCUGCUGAGUGCAUGCAGGACUUCAACACCAUGUUCACCAACUGCUACAUCUACAACAAG